UGUAUCUACUGUAGACCUUCUAUAAAAAUUAUCUACAUACAGUGGAUGACACAAUACAUGUUCCCUCCCACAAGUUGACUUCAUCAUUAUGUCCUAAUAGAUACUUUUUAGACAGGAAAAACAGAGUUUUUCCUAUUAGCCAACGAUUAGCCUACUUGUUGAGCUUCCAGAAGAAUAAGCGGGAGAAGGGGCCUUUUAAGGGGUUUACAAAGCUUACAGUUGGCUGAUUUCCACUGAAAUCCACAGCAGGACAUUAUUUGUGGACAGGGCCUCAAUCCAGUUUUUCUUUUUUUUUCUCCUGAGAAAUACCAGAAAGCACAAGGUCUGUGAACACCGCACUCUGUGGUUGUUUUUUUUUUUAGCUGGAAACUCCUCCCUUAUAGCAUGUGAGAGGGGAAAAGGUUCAAUCAACAGCAUGUCUCCCCCCACUAUGUGUUUACCAAGCACGGGUUGAGCUCCCUGAAUGGAAGUUGGCAGUACCUCCGGCUAAAUCGGGCAGGUUCAGUACGAGGCUGCACAAUGACAAUGACUGACUGGGAUUAUGACUUUCUGAUCAAGCUCCUGUCGGUAGGGGAUUCUGGAGUAGGGAAGACCACAUUCCUCUACAGGUACACAGACAACAAGUUCAACCACAAGUUCACCACCACAGUGGGAAUAGACUUCAGGGAAAAGAGAGUGACGUAUUUGGGGACUAGCUCUGAUGGAACGACAGAGAAGACUUUUAAAGUGCACCUACAGCUCUGGGACACAGCAGGGCAGGAGAGGUUCAGAAGUCUCACCACAGCCUUCUUCAGAGAUGCCAUGGGCUUCCUGCUCAUGUUUGAUCUAACCAAUCAGCAGAGUUUUCUGAAUGUCAGGAGCUGGAUGAGUCAGCUGCAGGCAAAUGCCUAUUGUGACAGUCCAGACAUAGUCUUAGUUGGCACCAAAGCAGACCUUAAAAACCUGAGAGAUGUACAAGGAAAACAAGCCAGAGACCUGGCGAACAGAUAUGGUAUCCCCUACUUUGAGACGAGUAGUGCCACAGGGGCUGAGGUGGACCAGGCAGUGACCACUCUGCUGGACUUGGUGAUGAGACGCAUGGAGCAGAGCACAGAGGGGCCUGCGUCAGAGGCAGCCAAUGGGAGUGCUGCCACUAACGACACGGCUGAAACGUCCACCAGCAGGAGGUGUGCCUGUUAGGAUGUAGGGAUGUCCAUCCAUUCAAAUGUGUAACUAUUGCAUCUGGGGAGUAUUAUUACAUUAGAAAGUUCAAUUAUCACAUCCAGUAUUUAUAAGUGUAUUAUCCUCUUAUGCAUUAAUGUGUGUUUGUCUGGAUUGAUAACUGUCACACUCAAGCUAUGUAUUCCCAACCUGGUCAUCAUUACCUGCUGAGUCUGUACAUGUACUGUAUGUUAAUGAUAUGAAACGAGCAAAAGAACACACAAUCUAAUACUGUAAAAUGAUUGAAAGUCAAUGAAAGCACUAUGUGUAUGUACAUCUCAAACUGAUAUUUGCAAUUUGACUAAGCUUUGUGUGAUUCUAAAUAGGUAAAUACUAAUGGGAAGUGUUUGAAGAAAAGUUGUAUAUCAGAGAUUUUUGUAUUUAUUUUAUUUGACAGAUUGAAGCAUUGAUGGAAGGAAAAUACAGGUACAUACAUUUAUCAUUGACAAUAUAUAAUCCUAACAGAUUAUGCAACAACUCAUUAACAAUCAUGGUUAUUUCCUUAAAUGUGAAUGAGAAAAUGUAUUAUUCUGUUUCACAAACUGAGAUAGCAAAAGUACAUUACAGGAUCCAUGAGUUCUAUAUGACAUGGAGCACAUUUGGUGUUUAGCUUGAUUAUUAGUGGAACAAAAUUGUCAUGCACAUUGAAUAAAGUAUAGAACAUGUUUAGAGCCCAUAAAUACUGUCAACCCAGACAAAAACUAGUUGAAUAUGUUUUAAUACAAAGUCUUCUGAGUAAAUGUAGUCACUUUAAAUAAAGUUAAUGUCCGUUUUACUAAUGAUUGCCUUUUGACAGGAAGAUGUCUGGUUGCUUUGUCUUUAUCAAAGAAAUACAUACAAGCGCAAACUUUGGGUGAUUUGCAAUCCUUAGGAAUUCUGGGGUUCUAUCACUGGCAUAGCAACAAAAAAAAUGCCACACACACCCCUGAGCUUUGGGGGGCCCUAAACUGCCGGAGGUUGGUCGGGCCACGCAGAUGGUACUGAAAACAUAAGCCAUUCAUAAUUUUUUUGUUAAAUUAAAUUAGUACUGCUAAAUUUUCGCUCAGCCUCAUGGCAGAAUGUGUCAAAUAGCAGGAAAUUGGGUCAUGGAUUCUUGGAAGUCGGGGCAAUCCCUGUCCAGUAGGAAAAGUUUUUUUUUUAUAGUUGAAAAAGUGAUUUUGUUGCAUUCUUUGAUCUAAAAUGUAUAUUUAGCGAAAUUAUGUAAGGAAAACCUUUUUGUGGGGUAAUAUUCAAUAUACUUUCAAUAUUAUUUGUUUCCAUGUCGGCUCUAUGCCUGAAAAUGCCUUUGUCCCGGAGCAAAGGAUCCCAAUUUCAAACUCUCCCAAAAAGUGCUUAAAAAAUAAUGGAUAUUAAUUGAAAACAUAUGUUUCUUUCAAUAGCCCUCUGUGACUUUUAAAUGUAUCUCAACACUUGUGUCUGGAGAUUUGGUCAACUUUGUCAGAUUUGUCUAAAAUCCAGAAUGAAUUAGGAAUGAGCAGGGUCAACUAUACCAUAAAGACCCCUUGUUUUAAGAUGGUCAUACCAAGGAUAAUUUAACUAUUUGAUUUUGAAUUUUAGGACCCCUUAAGGCACAAGUGUGCUAAGCUGUCAUCAAGGCAAAGGGUGGCUAUUUGAAGUAUAUAAGUAGCGUACAACAGUACGUAAUACAAAUAUAACAGAUUUUGAUUUAUUUAACACUUAUGGUUAUUAUGUGAUUCCAUAUGUGUUAUUUCAUAGUUUUGAUGUCUUCACUAUUAUUCUACAAUGUAGAAAACAGUAAAAAUAAAAACCCUUGAAUGAGUAGGUGUUCUAAAACUCUUGACCGGUAGUGUGUGUGUAUGUAUAUAUAUAUAUAUAUAUGAUGAAACAUGGAUAAACAGUCAAAAAAAUAAAAGGAGGAUUGUUCUGAAGUGUCUCUCCUAUAUCUGAGAGAUAGAUAUAAAGAAAGAUCAGGAAACUAAUUUUAUUUAACCCCUUAUUUUAGCCACUAAACUAUCUCCAUAUAUUCAGUUCUUCCAUAAAAAAAAAUAACUGGUACCUGCUACUUUCAGACUAGUCUUGUGAGGCUUGUGGGCAGCCUAGAGCAAACCAACCAACAUGUAUGUGUUUGUGAGACAUUCACCUUUCCACAGAGGAGUCAUAUUAGUGUGUAGCCCAAACUGUUUGGACGCUACAGACAGAAGUUGGCAGAUCGGCUGUACCGAUUUCAGACGAGUCCUGUGAUACUUGUCGGGGUUAGAACAAAACAGAGAACACCGUUGUGUUUGUGACUCAUCUUUCCAUAGAGGGGUCAUAAUAAUAGCCAAUCCUUUUGAACGUUACAGAGGUUUUUCUGAGAAUAUCAAUUAUCAGGAUAUCUCAUGGACUGACAAACACAGCUCAAACACGGCGAC